GCCCCAGAUGUUAACCCCUUCCUGCCCAGUGUCAUGAGUACAGUGGCAGUGCUUUUUAUUAGCACUGCUUACUGUAUUGGUGUCACUGGGGAUGUCAGUUGCAGUUAGUCAGUUCCCCCCAGUGUCAGAAUGCCCACAGCAGUCCCGCUAUAAGUCGCUGAUCGUUGCCAUUACUCGUAUUACAAAAAAAAAUUCCAGUAUCUGUAUACCGCCAUUUCUAAACGCUAUAACUUUCAUGCAAACCAAUUCAUUUACACGUAUUGGGAUUUUU